AUGCUGGUCCCUUUAUCGACUCUGGCUCUUGCGGCCAGCAUUUUGUCCUCGUCCGGUCUCAUCGAUGCCCUCUCUACCUCGGAUAUCCCCUCCGAUACCCCAGUGUCGCAACUGCUCUCGUCUGCGCAGGCCCACCUGUCCAAGGGCCAGACGAGCGAUGCCCUUGUCUACUACGAUGCUGCCAUCGCCCGGGACCCUACCAACUACUUGACCUUCUUCAAGCGGGCCACCACAUUCCUGUCUCUCGGUCGCACGUCGCAAGCCACCGAAGACUUCAACAAGGUCUUGUCGCUAAAGCCAGGGUUCGAAGGUGCGCACUUGCAGCUGGGCAAGAUCAAGGCCAGGGGCGCAGACUGGGACGGCGCAAGGGAACAAUAUCUACUCGCCGGUCAGAAGCCAGGCUCGCCAGACUUGGAUACUUUGGUAGAGGCUCAAGGUGCUGCUGGCCUGGCCGAGUCCGCAGCUAAGAGUGGCAAUUGGGAUGAGUGCAUUGGCCAAGCAGGAGAGGCCAUCUACACAGCAAACCGCGCCCUGUCCCUUCGAGAGCUGCGCGCGAAAUGUCGCUUCGAGAAGGGCGAGGUAGAGGAAGGUAUGGGUGAUCUCCACCAUAUUUUGCAGAUGAAGCCCGGCGACACCGCACCUCACGUCACUAUUUCCGCCACCGCUUUCUACGGACUCGGAGACAUGGAGCAGGGCAUUGCGCAAAUCAAGAAGUGCAUGCAUUCCGAUCCUGACUCUAAACAAUGCAAGAAGCUGUUGAAGCAGGAAAAGAACAUUGACAAGACAAUGGCCAAGGUGACCAAGGCCCUCGAGAAGAAUCAACCCAUGACGGGCGUCAAGUUGUUGGUGCCCUCUGGUAGCGACAAGGGCUUGAUCGACGAGGUCAAAGAGCAGGUCAACGAGUUGAGGCAAGAUGGCUAUAUCCCGGAAAAGGCGCCAAAUGUCCUGCUCAGCAGGAUAGUGGAGCUGGCUUGCCAAGGUUAUUAUGAUAUGAACGGCAAGAAGGCUAGCACGUAUUGCCAGGAAGCCUUGGAUCUGGACGACAACUCGAUUUACGGUCUCCUGCACAAAGCUAAGACACAACUCGAGGCAGAGGACUGGGACGCCUGCAUAGCUACCCUCAACAAGGCGGGUGAAGUUAGACCUGACAAGAAGAACCUCAUCAAUCCUCUUAUGCAAAAGGCCCAAAUCGCUCUGAAGCGUAGCAAGCAGAAGGAUUACUACAAGGUUCUUGGAGUUGCCCACGACGCCGACGAGAGACAGAUCAAGUCGGCUUACCGCAAGAUGUCGAAACAAUUCCAUCCCGACAAAGCCUUCAAGCUAGGAGUAACCAAGGAAGAAGCCGAGAAAAAGAUGGCGGGCAUCAACGAAGCAUAUGAAGUACUGAGCGACCCCGAAUUGAGAGCAAGAUUUGACAGGGGCGACGAUCCCAACUCGCACGAGCAGCAAGGCGGUCACCCCUUCCAGGGCAGCCCAUUCGGAGGCCAGCCAUUCAUGUUCCAGCAGGGUGGUGGUCAACAAUUCAAUUUUAAGUUUGGGUCAGGUGGCGGCUUUGGAGGUUUUCCGUUUGGUCAAUAA